CCUUGUUUGUCUACUCCAACAAAACUUAUCUUCUUUUUCACUAAAGAGAAAAAAGGGAAAAUGGGGGAUUUUAAUUCUAAGAAAAGUAACAAAUUGAAUUUUGAAACUAAAAUUCAAGAAUUACAAGAGAUUGUAAUUGGGAAAGAAGGCUUGAGAAAAAAGAUUUUGCAAAAGGGUAAUUCUUGGAAGACACCAUUUCAUGGUGAUGAAAUCCAAGUUCAUUACAGAGUGAAACUUCAAGAUGGAGAAUUUUUUGACUCAAGCUAUGAUAGAGGAAAGCCUUUUACAUUCAAGCUAGGUCAAGGUGAAGUUAUUAAAGGAUGGGAUGAAGGAAUUGCAACAAUGAAAAAGAGUGAAAGAGCAAUAUUCACAAUUCCACCAAAUUUGGCUUAUGGAGAAAUUGGUUCACCCCCUUUAAUUCCUCCAAAUUCAACACUUAUUUUUGAAAUAGAAUUAAUUUCUUGGAAUUCAAUUAGAGAUGUUAGUGGAGAUGGAGGAAUAUUGAAAAAAAUAAUUAAAGAAGGUGAAGGAUGGGCUACACCUAGAGAUGUAGAUGAAGUACUAGUGAAGUAUGUAGCAAGCUCUGCAGAUGGAAACAUUCUAUCACAAUCUGAUGAUGCUGUUGAGUUUUCUUUAAUGGAAGGUCAUUUAUAUCCAGCCAUGAAGAAAUCUCUAAAGACAAUGAGAAAAGGAGAAAUAGUUGAGCUAACUGUGAAGCCAGCUUAUUGUUUUGGAAAUUCAAGUUUUGAUGGUGAUGGAAUUGGAAUAUUGCAAUCAUCAAAUUCCAAUUUGAUAAUUCAUCUUGAGUUGAUUUCAUGGAAAAGUGUUGUUGAUGUUAUUGGAGAUAACAAAGUUCUUAAGAAGUUAAAUAAGGCUGGUGAAGGUUAUGAUCAUCCUAAUGAAGGAUCCCUUGCAAAAGUGGUCUAUAUUGGAAAGCUACAAGAUGGGACUAUAUUUGAAAGAAAAGGAUCAGAUGAAGAACCCUUUGAAUAUAUAUGUUUAGAAGAUCAAUUAAAUGAAAAUUUAGAUAGAGCUAUCAUGACUAUGAAAAAAGGAGAAGAAGCAAUAGUGACAAUCAACUCAGACUCUAUAUUUUAUGAGAUCAAAUUGGUUGAUUUCAACAAGGAGAAACCAUUUUGGAAAAUGGACACAAAAGAGAAAAUUGAAGCAUGUGAUAAAAUCAAGAAUGAGGGAAAUGUACUAUUCAAAGAUGGGAAGUUUCAAUGUGCCUCAAUGAAGUAUGAGAAGGCCUCGAAAUUCAUCGAAUUUGAUCACUCGUUCAAUAAUGAUGAGAAGUGUCGAGCAAAUACUUUGCGAUUAUCGUGUUAUUUGAACAAUGCUGCUUGCAAGUUGAAGAUGGGAGAGCAUCAAGAAGCCUCAAAACUAUGUAGCAAGGUUAUAGAGUAUGAUCCUUGUAACGUCAAAGCUCUAUUCAGAAGGGCUCAAGCAUAUCUAAGAAUCAAUGAACUGGAAAGGGCUGAAAUUGAUAUUAAGAAAGCACUUGAAGUUGAUCCAAACAACAGAGAUGUGAAGGUGAUGUACAAGGAACUGAAGAAUAAGCAGAAGCAAUAUGCACAACAAGAAGUUGAAAUAUUUAGCACCAUGUUAUCAAGGUAG